AUGGACUCUCAUCUCAAGGGCCAAUUGGCGGCCCGCCAUAUCCAGAACCUGAGCGAGGCGACCUCAUUAGAACCGCACUGGGGUUACGCGGAUCGAGCCGUCCCAUGCACGAACGACGCAGGGUCCUGCGCGUACCUCGAUCUCGUAUACGGCUCCCACGACUUGGGCAUGCUGUACGUCGGCGUCAUGUGGGUGAUCAUCGGAGGCAUCUUGCUCUUCUGGGCCAUCGGGAGGCGCGCCCUUCCUUCGCUGUCCGAGGAGGACGUCCUCCGCGCCGCCCUCCUCGAGGACACCCGCGCCAGCAAGAGCUUCCUCAACCGCCUCCGACAGACCGCUUCGUCAGCCAUGAACCGUUACCUGCUCCCCGACUGCCUCCGUCCCAUCUUCGGACGGACCACCCGUCUUCAGGUCCUGAUCUUGACCGUCCUCGCCAGCUAUCUCCUCGUCUUCUCCUUCGUCGGCAUGAUCUACACUACCUGGGUCACUCCGGUCAAGAAGAUGCCCGGCGUCUACAACACCCGAACCACCCUCGGCCCCUGGUCUGACCGCCUCGGAAUCCUCGCCUACGCCUUGACGCCGUUGACGGUCCUCUUCGCUACCCGAGAGUCGAUCUUGUCUCUGCUCACUGGCGUGCCGUACCAGAACUUCAACUUCCUCCACCGCUGGCUCGGGUACAUCAUCGUCGUCCAGUCGAGUCUGCACACCAUCUCCUGGCUCAUCGUCGAAGUUCGUCUCUACCAGCCCCAGCCGACGGUCGCGGUGGAGUGGAUUUCUCAGCUGUACAUGAUCUGGGGCUGCAUCGCCCUCUUCUUCCUCAUGGCCCUGUACAUCCUCAGCCUGCCCCCCGUCAUCCGCCUGACGGGCUACGAGUUCUUCCGCAAGUCCCACUACGUCCUCGCCAUGCUCUACAUCGGAGCCUGCAUCGGCCACUGGAAGAACCUCGAGUGCUUCAUGAUCCCCUCCCUCGUCCUCUGGUUCCUGGACCGCGCGGCCCGCGGCAUCAGGACCGCCCUCCUCCACCACAACUUCAUCGAGGGCAAGGGCAUGGGCUUCUCCGCCGCCCAGGCCGCCAUGACCAUCUUCCCCGACGCCGAGGACGGCGACGUCGUCCGCCUCGACUUCGACCACCCCCACGACGCCUGGAGCAUCGGCCAGCACUUCUACCUCUGCUUCACCGAGAGCAGCAUCUGGCAGUCCCACCCCUUCACCCCCCUCAACGCGCCCGUCACCGUCAACGGCAAGACGACGCACUCGUACAUCUUCCGCGCCAAGGGCGGCGAGACCAAGAAGGUGGCCGAGAUCGCCGCCCGCAAACUCGCCGCGGCAGCCGCCGGAGACAAGGGCGCCGCCGCGCCCACCACCCCCGUGAUCCUGACCGGACCGUACGGGGACCCGAUCCUGCGCAACAUCACCUCGGACGUCAACAUCCUGUGCGUCGCCGGCGGCACCGGCGUGACGUACGUCCUCCCCGCCCUGAUGAGUCUGAGGAAGCACUCCCCGGCCUCGCGCAAGCUCGAGCUCGUCUGGGUCGUGCGGCACAAGAGCGACGCGGCGUGGAUCCAGCCGGAGCUCGACGCCCUGGAAGCCGGCGAGGGACCGAAAGUCACCGUGCGCAUCUUCGCGACGCGCGACGCCGGCAGCUGCUGCAACGCCCGCCGGUCCAGCAAGGCCCUCGAGGCCGGGUCGGACACCGGGUCGACCUCGGACGCGGCGACGGAGAAGAACCAGCCUCGUGUGUCGACGCUGGCCGUCGACGGCGGCGAGACGCCCCGGCACCCCGAGCUGCGGGUCGUCGUGCGCGAGUUCGUGGAGGCCACGGUCUCGGGACGGACGGCGGUGUUCGCCAGCGGCCCUGGUGGCCUCAUGUCCGACAUGCGCGUGGCGGUUUCCGAGUGUAACUCGGUGGGCAAGGUGUGGAAGGGAGAGGAGCGGUAUAACGUGUGUCUGAUUCACGACGAGCGCAUGGAGCGGUGA